GUAGAUCCCCAUUUCACUCUACGGCAAACCUGUUGAGAACGUCCCUACGAUCGCAUAUAAUUGAAAAUGUCAGAUUCAGGUGCACCGAUACCGAAUGACAGCGAUCCGACAAGUAGGGGAGGGACAACGACUAAAUCGCGAACCCCAUCCCGCGCCAACAUUGUCAAAUCCUCGUCCCGUGCCGCAUCUAGAGUAUCAUUACGAGCUGGUGCUUCCGGCGUCGAUCUAAGACCUGGUUCAAACGCCGAUAGGGAUUUGGGCAAGCGGGCUAAAAGCAAAGCAUCCAUUCGGGGUGCCGCUGAGAGUGAGGAUGAAGGAGCAGGAACUGGAGGGAAUGGAGCUGGGGGGGAAGAUACGGGUGCAACUACUGCUGGACCAGCCAAUCCACCAGCGGGAAUCUUUCCCCUAUUUUUGACCACUAUGACGCAGGAUUUGUUUAAAGUACGGGUCGGGGAGGACGUGACAGCAGAGAAGCCCAUCAAAAUGAUUCCCAAAGCAGAUAUUCUGAGUGAUUUGCAGGCAAGGCUUGCUAUUGGGGAUUUUUAUCCUGCCAAACAAGCUAUUUUGGAUUUUCCCGGCGAAGAAUUCCUCCUCCACUACGAUGCCGAGUUUAAAUAUGGACAAAACUUUUAUCUUUGCGUGGAUAUGGAUGCCAUGGAUGCCAUUCUCCGGCCUGUCAUGGAAGAAGUACCACCAGAUACAGCAGCCGAAGUCAAACGUCCGGCAUCACGUAAAAAAUGGGAAUCACUAGGAAGCGAGAAGGAGGUGGAAUCCGAUUGGGUGGUAAAAAACCGCGAUUUGAUAAACGUUCGUGUAUCACGCCGACGGAGACAUUUUGGAGCACGAUGCAAAUUCGGCGAUCGAGAUGCUCAUGAUGGGUUUUUAGAGUGUCGACCAUUCAAGGAUCCUAAUUAUGAUAUUUCGAGGAUGGAAAUUUCGGAGGGUGUUCAGGCGGUACCUAGUCUGGUAGAAGCUGCUGUGCAGACUGCAUGGUUCCGGCCGCUCAAUUUUGCGGUUCAAUACGAACCCAUUACAAUGUCUUCCCAAGAAAAGGACGCAAUCAUGCAAUCAGAUGAAAUUGAGGAUUUCGUACAAGCAGUUUCAAUACGAUUCGAAAAAGCACUACAGCAAAAUAGUAUCGUGAACAUUUUCCAAGAUGAUUAUCAAGAGCUUGGGGAAGAAGACGUGACGCUCGAACAGGGGCCACAUACAUACCUUCAGGAGUACCAAUCCUUCACGGACCUCAAACACAGCAAAGACCGGUGCAUAUCCUGCGUAGACUGGCAUCCUACCAUCAAAGGUGUCGUGGCGAUAUCCUGCACGGAACGAAUGACCUUUGACGAACGCGUGGAGAAGGGCCUGUUCUUCAAGUCACGAAAGUCUUUAAUCUUGGUGUGGAGCUUUCACGAUCCCAUUCAUCCCCAGUUGAUCUUGGAAGCACCAGAAGAUGUCCAAUGCUUCCAGUUCAACCCUCACGAUCCCAGUAUCAUUGCCGGAGGUUGUAUUAACGGACAGAUAGUGCUAUGGGACAUAUCCGAAUACACCGAUAAACUCAAAACGAGUCGUAAACCUGGUCGGAGCGAUACCAGCACCGACGAGGAUGUGAACUCCUUAUCGGGUACUGAAGAGCGGGAGCGCGUCACGGAUACGUCCGUGUUGCAUUGGGUAGCUGUUUCUUCGAUUGAAUUCAGCCACCGGAGUGGCAUUACUGACAUUCAGUGGUUGCCGAGGAAUAUGGAGUUGAGCCAUACGGGCGAGAUCCUUGAAAAAGGCGAACACGGGCAUCGGGAGCUAGUCACGACUUCGGUAGACGGUCAAGUCGCGUUCUGGGAUACGAGAUAUAAAAAGGAUUUUAAGGCUCUGGAUCUCGUGUGGAGGCCGUUUUUGCGGGUUCCCCUGAGCGCAAUGGACAACACCUUUGACUACAGCUUAACCAAAAUUAGUAUUCGGAGGGUGUUGGCCGACAAAGGGACUGCAACUACGGACCCAACCCAAUCGGAUGCAUUGACAGAAGUAAAACCGGAAACAUUUUCUUCCAAAUUCUUUUGCUCGACGGAGGAGGGGGAUCUAAUUUACGCGGAUUGGGUCGCUGAAAAGGCCAGUGAGGAGAAAGCAUCAAGAGUCGAGCACGCCUUCAGCUACCAUUUUGGCCCGAUGAGUGACCUUCAUCGCUCUCCUUUCUUCCCCGACAUUCUCCUAAGUGUAGGUGGAUGGUCAUGUCAUAUAUGGCGCGAGGGCGUAACAGGAGGGUCACUCCUCUCCUCCGCGCCAACAUCCAGCUACGUCAUCUGUGGACGGUGGAGUCCGACACGACCCGGUGUGUUUUAUAUCUCCAAAGCGGAUGGCACCAUCGAGGUUUGGGAUUUGCUAGACCGAUCGCAUUCCGCUUCGUCGGUGCAAAACAUUUCUGGGAGUGCCAUUUCGUAUCUGGCCGUCCGACAGUACCCAGGAAAAUCUCUAACCCACAACCAGUUCAUCGCCGCGGGAGACGAUGAGGGAACGCUUCACAUUCUAGAAGUACCAAGGAAUUUGACAAAACCUUCCAAAAACGAAAAAGCAUUCGUACGAGCCUUUUUCGAUCGUGAAGUUCGACGACUAGGAUACGUGCGGGGGAGAAAAGAGUAUAGGAUCAAAGAACAAGCGAGAUACGAGCAAAUUGCUUUGGAGGCUGCCGCAGCAAAGGGUGCAAAGAAGGAAGCAGAAGCGGCUGUAGCACCCACCUCUGCGGGAGCGGGUCCACCUGGAUCUGCACACUCGAAGUCUACUGUGGGUGGUAACAUUAUGAUGUCGGAAGAGGAGGAAGAGAAGGCCGAGCAGGAAUACUUGAAAAUGGAACACAAUUUCCUAGAGCUUGAGGGGCUUCUCCCGCCAGCUGCCACAUGAUAGACCUUAAUUUUUGAAAGUCCUUGUUCUUGUUGAUAGUUUGUUUAGACACAUUUUAAAUUCAACUCUUCGGUUAAAGGCCAAAAUAGAUUGGAUCCAAG